UGGCAGAUAAUUCUGUGUUGGUUUUACACUACGGUGCGUCUUGAAAUUGUGCUCAUGAUGUUCUUGGAUCUUUUAUGCUGUGUGAGCAAUGAGAGCUGGGACUAUCAGGGUUGUCUAUGCUGGAAUUGUACAGGAGUAGAUGUGAGUAAUAUACUGAAAGGUUUACCAAAAUUCACGGUGGUCGGUCACCGGGGUCAUGAGAUGAACAUCUUGCAGUCAACGGAUAACAAAAUGAAAACUUUUAAGAGAAUUCAAUUCUUUCGUUCAAUAAAGUUGCUGAUCAUCCACCUGAUUUCAUUGAAUUUGACAUUCAGGUGAUGAAAGAUGACACGCCGAUUAUCUUCCACGAUAAUUUCAUCAUCUCUGAAGAGAAUGGCAAUGUAGUUGAAAGACCUGUACUUUUCUCUAGCUUCCAGCCUGAUGUAGCCUUGCUGAUGAAGAAACUUCAGCAUCAAUACCCGGUGAACUUCUUGACAAACGGAGGAAACGAGACGUACGACGAUGUUCGAAUGAAUUCGUUAGAAGAAGCAAAGAAUCUGGCCAUAUCGGGAGGAUUAGAUGGCGUUGUUUUAGAAGUAAAGGGUAUAUUUAGAAACCCUUCGGUAGUAAGAGAAAUUAAAGAAUCAAAUCUAUCCCUCCUAACUUAUGGAAAACAAAAUAAUGUCCCUGAAGCUGUUCAUGUUUAGUAUCUUAUGGGUGUAGAGGGUGUGAUUGUUG